AUGCCCGAGAACACUAUUCCAGAGUGCCUUAACGCUUCCAACGAUGCCCCGGACUGGUUAAACGAGCUCUAUGUGGAGAAAAUUUUGCGUUGUGCACUGCAGGAUGAGUCGAUUAAGUUACAGCGGUUGGAUAUAUGUUACGCUGUCCCAAAAGGUGACAACUUUGCGAGCAUCAUCUUUCGUCUGCGCGUCACAUACCAUUCCGAGGCACAGUACGAAACAACACGCACGUUCAUACUGAAAGGCAUGAUCACGGAGGGACUAGCGGGCGAGAAACUGCGGCAGUACGAUGUGCAGCGCAAGGAAAUGGAUGUAUAUCAGUUCGUGAUUCCAGAGCUAAAGCUCAUGAUGAAAGCCAUCGAUGACCACAGCGAACUCUACCCGACGGCCUUAGUAGUUGAUCGCAAACAUGAAGUGAUCAUGUUCAAGGAUCUCACACCCGACGGCUACAGAAUGGCGGAUCGGACGCAAGGGAUGGACAUGCCCCAUCUGAAGAUGGCAAUGCGGCUGAUGGCUAAGAUGCACGCUGGCUCGAUAAAGCUGCGCGAAAAGCAACCCCACAUUUUCGAGCACUAUAAGACGGGCAUGAUGACGCGCCAAACGGAUGCGUUCUAUCCGAUGUUCAACCUGAUCUUCGACGCUCUCACGAAGGAGAUCAACACGUGGGGUCCGGAGUGGCAGUACUAUCAUGCAAAGUUGGAGAAACUCCGUCCCAGCUUCGUUGAGUACGGUCUGCAAGUGUUCGAUAAUGAUCCUGCUAGCGACGACCUGUGCGUGUUCGUGCACGGUGAUCUUUGGGUGAACAAUUUACUGUACAGAUACGACGCCCACGGCAACCCGAUCGAUGCGGUACUGCUGGACUUCCAAUACUGCUGCUAUGGGACGCCGAUGGUCGAUUUUUGCUACCUCUACUACACUUCGGCUAGGGACGACAUCCGACAGAGCUGCUUCGACGAGCUGUUGCAGUGCUACUUCGACGAGCUGAUCGACUGUGCGCGGAAGCUGCGGUACCGUGGCAAACUGCCGACACUGUAUCAGUUUCAGCAGCAAGCACUUCGAAAGAUGUUUUAUGCCGUAUACUCCACCUUCAUAGCACUUCCGGUGCAGAUGAACGACAACACCGAGAACGCCGACUUUGAUGCUCUAAUGAAUGAUAACGAGCGGGCGCAAAAAUACAAGCGCAUGAUCGUGUCGAACGCGAAGUAUCAGAGCAUUGUCCGCGGCUUACUGCCGCAGUUUGAUCGCAAAGGUUUGCUAGACGAGUUGUACUAGGCUCCCCGGGGGAGGCAACUCCAUGUUCGGGGUUUUAGUUUGAUCGCCGAGUUGUGCUGUUCACUUUUCUUUACUGGUUCUCAAUAAACACGGUGUUAUCAGUCGUUUUC